AUGGACGACCUUUUGGCAAAAUGGUCCAAGCAGUUAACGUCCACCACCAAAAUGUUCGAUACAUACACCACCAAAGUCAAGGAGUGGGACCAGCAGUUGGUGAGCAGCGGCGACGAAAUUUUGUCGCUUUAUAACGACACUAUCGAGGCUGAAGGGUUGCAAUCUCGCAUAGACCAGAAUCUUGUGUAUGUGGAGAGCCAGCAAGACGAGCUUGAAAAGUUGCUUGACAACUACGAAGCCCAAGCCGAUAUUCUUCUUAACAACAUUGAAUUGAGUGGAGAGGGAAGAAUGGGCGGACCAGCUGGUGAAUUAACUGCUACUGACAAGCUUCGAGAAAAAGCAUACCACAAUGCCGAAUUGUUGGAUGAAAAAUUGGACAGUUUGGGCCUGAAUCUUGGAGCGCUAGUCAACGAAAUCAACGGAGUCAGCGAUGUGUUCAACAAGAACUCACUCAAUGAAUUGGGAGCGGUUACCAAGGGAAGAACGAGCAACGACACCAUUGAAGGCAUCGUGCAACUUCUCAAUCUUCAUCUUGAAAACUUGAAAUACGUUGAAAAGUCCGAGGAGAUGUUGCGAGAAAAGUUGGGAAAGACCCAGGGCUAG